AAAAAAGACUUGCCAUCCAAAAACCCUACCCUCUCCUUUACAUAAUUUCCCCUUUACCUUCUCUCUCCACUUCUUCCUCAUAUCAAAUAUCAUAUAGUCAGCAAAUAAGCUUAUCUUAGUACAAGGAAAUUUAUAUGGAGGAAAACAUGGAGGCUAGCGGCUCUGAGGAUCAAACAAAGUCCUGCCCACGGGGCCACUGGCGACCUGGCGAGGAUGAGAAGCUGAGGCAGCUCGUUGAGCAGUAUGGCCCUCAGAACUGGAACUCUAUCGCGGAGAAGCUCCAAGGACGAUCAGGGAAAAGCUGUAGAUUGAGAUGGUUCAACCAACUAGACCCAAGAAUCAACAGAAAACCCUUCACUGAGGAAGAAGAAGAUAGACUCCUCGCAGCUCAUCGAGUCCACGGCAACAAGUGGGCCCACAUCGCCAGGCUGUUCCCUGGCCGGACUGACAAUGCAGUCAAGAAUCACUGGCAUGUCAUCAUGGCUCGUCGCCAGAGAGAACGAUCGAGGCAACUUGGCAAAAGUAGUAGAAGUAGUAGUAUUUAUGACCCAACUUCAGUGCAUCAAGAAAGAAAUCAUAUUUCAAAUCACAGGAUGUUCGAGUUUAGAAACCCUUUGAAGGGUUUCGCCCCUUCGAGUUCUUCUCAGUUCUCUUGGGGGUUUCCAAGCUCUUCUCAGUUCUCUGAUCGCCUCCCUUAUUAUCAUCGUUAUCGUGGUUUAGGCUCUGCAAGUCCAUUCUCUAUUGGCUUCUCAUUUGUAGAUGAUGAGUGCAAAUUUGUGAAAAUUGGGGAUAAUUCUAAUGAAGUAAUGAUGAAACAUGAAGAUAAUGAAUCCUUGAAGAAGGAUGUGCCUUUCAUCGACUUCUUGGGUGUAGAAAAUCGCUAGGUGGAUGGUAAUGUAUUUUAGGAAGGUUGAGGAUAUGAAUAUUUAUGCAUAUGUACAUCACAAAAAUGCAAAUUUCAGAUGCAUCACCAAGAUAUGUGAUCAUUGUUUUUGUUUUAGAUCAUGUAGUAAAUUUUAUUCAAUAAGUUU